AUGAGCAACCCGAGCAAUCUACUCCUGUACCUCGUCCACGAGAUCCCCAACGCUGCACGGGCAGAGCAAGCGUUUUUCUCCACUGAACCAUGGAGCAGCCUGGGACUUGAUCCAUUGGGUGUUGAGAUUGAAAACCUUCGAGUAUUCCUCCAAGAGCUUCUGGAUAGUCAUAUUGAACGUGAGAUACCCAAUGUACGCGAGGAAUUGCGUGAGCUCCUUGAACGAAAUUGCCAGGAUCUUGCUGCUCUUGGAAUGGAACGGAAUACGGCUGGUCAGAUUCGAAUUUAUUUGACGCAGAUCAGCGCCGAUUUCCACGGGUUGGUGCGAGCUGGCAAGGAUUUUGCAAACCGGCUGCGCGUUGUCGUCCAUCUAGAGAAUGACAAUUUUGCGAAUCAUAUAAGAGAAUACGGUCAGACACAGAAAGUUGUUAGUCGGGAGGACGAUCAGACUUUCGUGUCAAAUGAUCAGACGAUAGAGUUAUCUCUCAACGAGGAGGGUCAGAUUCUUGUUAGUAAGGAAGGAAUGGCUGUGUGGGUCAAAGAAUCCAUGCGUUGGGGCAAGAUCGCUCGUGAGCAUGUGGACGCCGUCGCAAACCUGAUCUCCACGUUCUUACAAGCAGCACUGAAGUUUGUGAUCAAAGAUAUUAAAGUCCGCGAAAAUGUCCAAAAUUGCGUCGAGAAGUCUGUUCAAGGAAACAUCAAGCGCGCGAUCGAUGAAUUGAACGUGCUGCUUGAGGACGAGGCGCGUCAGCCCAUCACGUAUAAUCAUUACUAUACAGACAACAUCCAGAAAGCUCGAAAUGGCCAGUCAAAACAUCAGAUUCAAGAUUCAAUGCACAACGCUAUCCGAACCGACUGGGAUGGGAAAUUCCAUGUGAGCAGCAACUCGUCCGAUGAAAUAGAAAAGCUCGUGACUUCGCUCCAGCAGCGGAUGGUCGUCGACAUGACGAAGCAAGCCUGCUCCGAAGCACAGAAUGACCUUACUGCACACUACAAAGUUGCCAUGAAAACAUUUGUCGACAACAUUUGUAGACAGGUCAUCGAACGGCAUAUCAUCUCGAAGCUUCCAAGCAUUUUCGAGCCUGUCCUUGUGAGUGGAUAUGAGACUGGGGUAUUGCUUCGAAUGGCUGCAGAGUCUGUGCAGGUUAGUAUCCGCCGGGAUGAAGCACGUCAUCUCCGGGAAGUAUUAGAGAAAAGCCUUGAGGAUCUGAAUGUUUGA